AUGUCCAGAGUCAAAAGAAUCGCCAAGGAACUCGAGGAGUGUCGUCAGGACACCCACUCGGGAGUUUCGCUUGUUUUGGUCAACGAAAGUGACUUGACCCACUUGACCGGAUACUUCAAAGGACCUCCAGGCACCCCAUAUGAGAAUGGUGUUUUCAAGGUGGAUAUUAACAUCCCCAACGAGUACCCAUUCAAACCUCCGGCCAUGAAAUUCUUGACCAAGGUGUACCACCCCAACAUUUCUUCGGUAACCGGAGCCAUUUGCUUGGAUAUCUUGAAAGAUGCAUGGACUCCAAUCUUGACAUUGAAAUCGUCGUUGCAGUCGUUACAGUCGUUGCUACAGUCACCAGAGCCCAAUGACCCUCAAGACGCAGAGGUUGCAAAACAUUACAUUACUGACAAGGCCGGAUAUGAAGAGACAGCUGCUUACUGGACCAAGGUUUAUGCGGCAGAUGAGACACAAGGGAACAAAGCGCCAGUUAGCGACUCUGCGUUGUAUGGCAUUGACGAUGAGAUUGUAUGUCAGUUUGAGAACAUGGGAUUCCCCAGAAGCACUGCCAUUGACGUUUUGAGAAGAAUGGGCAUCAAGUCGUUCAACGGAGCCAACAAGACGGAGUUGGAAAACAAGAUCUUGGAGGAGUUGUUGAAGGAGUCCAGUUAG